GAGAAAUACCUGAUUUUGUUGGUCAGCGCCCUCUUUGUCGUGACCAUCGGUUUCAUACUUACGGCCGGAAUUGUCUCAUAUAAUAAACAAUUGGCUAUAUUUUUACGUUCAGAAAAUUCAACGGAAAACACGGCGACAACCAAAACAUUAAUACAAGCGAUAAUAAAUGCCUCAAACAGUCCAACGUUUAGCUCGAGUACUACCGAUGCGGUCAAUACAAGAAGUACUGAAAGUAUGAUAAUUCCUAAUGAAUCCGAUAUAAAAGCCAAUUCAUCGCAAACCGAAACGAUUGAAACCAAUUCAGUCAUUAAAGACAACACAUUAGAGUCGGCGGGAAGUGAGGCCGUAGUGCAGAGUCCGGACAUUUGUAGGACGAGUGCGUGCGAGAGGGCCGGCAAACUGAUAGAGGCGUCGCUCAACCGGUCGGUCGACCCGUGCGAUGACUUCUAUGCGUUCGCGUGCGGCGGAUGGGAAGCGACGCACACUAUUCCGGCCGAUAAGUCCCGUUACGGCAGCUUUGAUGCGGUCGACGAACAGCUCAAGAAAGAUAUCAAACUAUAUCUGAGCCAAAGUCGCACUCAUAACGACUCAAACGCCGUUAUAUAUGCCUCCGAUCUCUACAAAGCCUGUAUUGAUGAGGAGACAAUUAAUAGCCGCGGAGUUUUGCCACUCCUGACAGCUCUGGACUCAAUCGGCGGAUGGCCUCUAAGCGGACACUUUGGCUCCGAUGUUGACAUUGAUUACGAUUGGAGAAACUCUUUGGCCAAAGUUGUGGCCAAAAUGGGUUUGCCGUCCAUUUUCUCAGUUUCAAUACAACCGGACGCUAACGACACGUUAGUUAAUAGAGUUUAUUUCGAUGCAGCUAGUUUUGGUUUGGGUAGAAACCAAUUGGUCAAUACCAGCGCUUACCCCGAUAUUGUGAACGCAUAUAAACAAUAUAUAACACAAUCGGCGAUAUUAUUGGGCGCUAAAAAUGAAAGUCAAAUCCAAGAAGAUGUCAAU